AUUGUGGGCCACAUUUACAAGAGUAUAAUUAAUUAAGGAAUAAAACCAAAUCCAUAAAUACAAUUUUCUUUCUUUCUUUCUCCGAUUAUUGAAAAUUCCUGUUUCCCCUCUCUCUCUCCGGAACGAAGAUGACCACCUCCUCCGCCACCUCUCGCAAGACACUUAGCAAAAUAGCAAGCAAUAGGCUUCAAAAGGAACUCGUUGAGUGGCAACUCAAUCCUCCUACUGGUUUCAAGCACAAAGUCACUGAUAAUCUCCAAAGGUGGAUAAUAGAAGUAAUUGGAGCACCAGGAACACUGUAUACAAAUGAGAUAUACCAACUUCAAGUUGAUUUUCCUGAGCAUUACCCCAUGGAAGCCCCUCAGGUGAUAUUUGUGAAUCCGGCUCCAAUUCACCCUCAUAUUUAUAGUAACGGCCAUAUAUGCUUAGAUAUUCUGUAUGACUCAUGGUCUCCAGCUAUGACAGUGAGUUCUAUCUGCAUUAGCAUCCUUUCGAUGCUAUCAAGCUCUACGGUGAAGGAAAGGCCCGAGGAUAAUGAUCGCUACGUGAAGAAUUGUAGAAACGGAAGAUCUCCAAAGGAGACUAGAUGGUGGUUCCAUGAUGACAAAGUAUGAAGGUCUAGUUAAGCAAAUCUCUGUCAUAAUUUGUUCAUGACACCAGAUUAGUCUUCUAACUCUUCUAAGAUUAUAUAAAUGAACGGAAGCUUUCUUGGAAAAUCAGAUUAAUCGUUGUCCUUUUCUGUUUGAUAGUAACUUAUUUGAGGAAGGCUUCGGUUUUUUGUAUAGGAGAGAACCUUGUAUCAUUGUAUGUACUACUUCAUAAUAUGUGUGAUGGUGAAUAAAGCUGGGUUUUCAAUGGGUUGUUCGGGGUUGCUCAAAUACUCGAGUUUUAUGCUCAUUUGAUUAAACAACCCCCUUCAAUUUCACCCAUGAAUAAGGCUAUGAAAAAAAGGAGAAAAAUGUACUUGUUCAUUGUUGUUUAUCUGGCUUUAUUUCAGUGAUGUUUUCAGGUA